CAGAGUGCAGACCGGUGUCGGCGCGAGUGCACGGAGCCGCAUCCUUCCGGUGCGGGAAGUGAGAACGCAACACGCGGAAACAUCCGGAGAGUGGCAAUGUCCGCUCCACGCUUUCCAUCCUGGACUGUCCCGACGGCUACCACAAUGUGGCGUGCUGUUUCCCGUCUCACACGUUGGGUCCUGUUACUCGUGUUUCUUGGCGCAGGCUUGGCAGAUGCCCUAGCCGUCACACCUCCUACGGACUACACAAGAAGCCUAAAGGACACGGACAUGGAAGAAGCAUCCAUGUCGAAAGACGAAUGGCGAGGCUAUUCAACGCUCUUCGCUCAGAGGACGUCCUCUCUUUUGAGCGAAGCCAGGCAGAUGCUUCCGCGAACCAAGGAUGUCCAAGAGCGCCGGUGGCUUCAGGCGUUUGUGCACAGACUGGCGCAACUGGCCAUGGACCUUGAGCGAAACACGUUUUCGCCAAGGAUGCCCCCAGUGUUCUCUUCUGUGCACGAGUCUUCGCAUCAGCAAGAGCAAACAGUUCCCACGACGGGUCAGAUCAGCCCACCUCCGUCCCCUGUACUUGCACACGGAACGAAAACGACGACGCCAGGGCCUGCAUUAAAUGAGGAGCACGGCAUGAUCAAGUCCGAAGUUGUCACGGUCCCCAGCAUUCUCACCGACGAUGACGACAACGACAUCUUGGCCUGGCAACUCCACGGCCAGCGGCCUCGGCAAAAGUUUUCAGCGGGGACACUGCGAUCAACGCCUGAAGGCGUUCGUGCUACGACAGAGACAUACAGCCUAGAUUCUGGCAGACACGUCUCACUUCGGCCGACUACACCACUUGCUGCUCGAGAUACGCCUACCAUUGGGAGCAAGGCAAAGCGUCAGACAGGAUUCGCCUCGUCAGCAGACAACGUGCAGAAGACAUUCGACCAACAGAAUGUUCACGCAUCUGUCGUCGGUGCCGAGACUUCCUCUGCCAGAAGGCCAGAUAAGACGUUCACCGUGAGGCCGAGCACGCUGGGAUCCAGUGCUGCAUUUGCGACGUGGGCCAGCGGCUCUGGAAAAUCGGCCGCGGCCGACGAAAGCAGCUCCAGCGCGGAUGAUUUGGUCAGCCAGCUGGAACGGGGGAAGUUUCCGCCCGACCGGUAGUCCGCCAGCUGGCGGCGCCGGAACUGGCCGAAGGGACAGAAAACAACAUAAAAAGUGCUGUUUGUUGGGCUUAGCAGUCGGGUCCUGUACCAGCGCCCGGAUUCGUGGUGCGUUCGCGCUGGAAUCGAUUCGACAUCUCACUGACAUGGCCCCCCGCUGGUAUGAACUGAAAAGCGCGCCAGAAGACUGUGUAAUUGGAAAUCACAGGUCUCGAACGUCGACAGUGUUUCCCGUCAUUCUUCUUCUUCCUUGUCUUCCUGGCACCCUCAAUUUCCUUUCGCGUGCCCUUCCCGUCACACAUGUAGAGAAAAGCCUUCCGUGCCAGCGCCUCUCUCAGAGGGGCCGGUCAUGGCCUGUUCGAAAAAUUGAUGACCAGAAUUCAACGCCAACCUUUCGUGGCCCCGUGUCGGUGCUCAUCAGAUUGGACAAGACUUUGCAGACAGUGACUACAUCGGGCGGUAAUGCUUUGGUGACUUCCUCACAGCGCUGCACAUUAUUGCAUGGACGCUUUCUGGAAAUCUGUCAGGGUCUCUGCUGCCAUGUGGUCAGUGAUAACAGCGGGUAGAUUCUUGCGGCCACUUGCUUUCAUCCGGAGUGCUGGCGUCAGGGUCAUCGAUUUAUCCCACCCUUGUGUGACAUUCUGCUUCGCAGAAAAUGAAGAUUGUGCUUUCAUCUUUCCGAGUGACGUGUGCGUGUGUGUUAGUCGCUUCUGUGGUGUUCGUAGCGUUCGUACUGAGUGCGGAGAGAGUACCACUUUUGGUACUUGCCCUUUCAGCCUGCAGUGACCUUCAAUCCCUGUUCUUCAUUCGUCGUGCUUCGAGAAAUUACAACCCAGACUUUAAUUCUUCACUCCUUUUCGUCAUGAAUGGGGUCAUGAUUGAGACAAAAAACGAUCGUUCUACCGACUGAAUGUAUAUAGGUGCCAUUAUGCAGUGCGGUGCGCCACGGUAAUUUGUGGCACAUAGUUGACCUUUGACAGCGGUGGACGUGCUGCAAGAUGAAGUGAGAGCACCAGAACUGCAUCAGCUCGUACUUUAUUGUUCCUACAUGAGCUAUGUAUAUGAUGUGAUGCUCACUGGGGUUAAACUUGGGAACGUGGCUGAGGUGCAGUUGCGUUUUGAAGCCACAUUUGAAGAGCGUUGUAGCUGAAGCGUGCGGGAGGCCUGUACAGCUCUCGGGACAUUUGUCGGUCGAUCAUUGUCCGAAGACUUGUGGCGUACCUUUCUUCGUGACAUGCCGAAUUUGUCGAGUCGUACAUUUAAUGUAGCCACGCGAGCGUUUGUCCGUCAGCUCUGCUUUUGUUCGUUACCAUGUUGCGAGUACGAUCGCCUUACCAACCUUUGUAAGCGAUGUACAAUUUCCCGAUUGAAAAGCUGCGACUCAGUAGUGCCGUUGAAGGAGUUGCAGUAGCACGAGUUUGGAGCAAAAUAUUCGUUGUGAAUAAAAACCUUACAUGGAUGACUGGGUACAGUCAUGAUAUAAACAGUGACGUCUGUGUGUUUGUUGUUCGACUGCUGCCGACCGUAAAAGCCUUUCUCAAUUCGUUCAUAUGCUUUCAACGGCAAC